AUGUCAGACGAUGAGGAUUACAUGUCUAGCACUUUUAUGGAGAAAAUGAAUGACGUUAAACCAGGUAUUAAUUCUUCCCGGAUAGCCCAGCGUUCUUUAAAAAUUCAUGCAAAUCGUCUAGCGGCAGAGGAAAGACAACAAAAUGAAAAACCAAAAAAUAGGGAGCAGAUGGAGAAGAAUAGAAGAGAAGAGGGAAUAUCCAAGCCUAUUGGAAGUGACAGCAAAGGAUUUAAAUUGUUAUCAUUAAUGGGUAUUUUUUAGUUUUUUUUGAAGAUUUGUACGGUCUAAUCUCACUUGUAGAUUCCUUUUUUGAGGAAGGAACAAAUGAGGGGUAUAAUGGGGCUAUUUUAGUUAGG